UGCACCCGGGUGGCCCCUCUCCAGGCUUCCCACACGCAGUCUCCGUGAGCCUGCUUACCUUUCCGAAAUAGAAGGAAAAAACUGGAACGAAUUCUCGCAUAAUCCAGCCCACUGCUCAACCACGUGCGGGGUGCCCCCCGCCAUGUCGGGUGCGUUUGCAUCAUAAUUUUAAAGGACUGCCAGAAAUGGCCAUGUCGUAGUCACUGACUCAAUCCCCUGGUCUGGGCACACGGGGUUUUUUCCUACCGUUGUUUGUUUUAAAAGGCAAAAUGAGUUCCUUUUUGGAAACUCCCAGCCUCUCUGGAGAGUCUCCUCCAGGUGGUCCGGCUGGAGGAAGCUCUGUGCUCUGAACUUUCCCGGAUGAAGACACCACAGCGAGACCCUCACCUAGUGACAGGGACAGGGCCACGUCCCUGCCCUCAGCUCUGCAGCUGGAGCGGGACUGGAGUGGGGCCCCAGCUGGUCCUCGGGGGUCGGCACGGGGGCCGCGUGUGCCCCGUGCCAUAGAGACAGGUGACAUUCAUGCAAACCUUUAGGACUUCAUAUCCUUAAUCUCAAGUACACGCAUAACGGUAAGUCAUACCCGACCAAGCCAGCUGCCCCAGGUGCUUUGAACUCUGGCGUCCGUCCGUCCGUCCGACAGUCCGUGUGAGUACCUCCCUUGACCCAGGCCUGUGCUGAGCUGCCACCGGCCUGAGUGUGGGGAACACCUUCUCCCUGCCAGGAAUGUUGCCCUUUAUACAUGGUUCUUGGAGGUGCUGGGGUUUCCCAGCGAUGCCAGAGAAGGAGAGUGCAGGGGUGCGCACGGACCCACCCUGGGGUAGAAGCCCUCCUGCCGGGGAGGGUGCAGGAGUGCCAGGGCCACACCGAGUGCCCAUGCGCAUACGACCCAUGGAAGGUUCUCGAUUGGCUGCGUCUGGAGACCCCCCGGCGUCCGGAUUCGGUGGUGGUUCAGGCCGCGUGUUUUCUUAACAGCAUUCGCAGAUUUGCGGGGCUCGAGCCCCACGAUGUAAUGAAGCUUUGUUCCUGUCGUCCGAGGCUCAACUCAUCCCCGUAGGGCUCCCUUCGCAGAGCCCAGUCAUAAAGGAAAGUAGGACAGCAGUCCCCCAAGCGGCAGGAGGGAUGUGCCCCUGCUCCCUGUGCCCGCAGCGUGUCCAGCACGUGACCGGAAACCAAGGGGCAGGGUCUCUGGGGGCUUCUUGGUCAGCCCUAAGCCUGCUCGCAGCUGCAGCUUGCACACCCCCACCGACGGGGAGCUCAGCAGCUCCUGUUUGCACAGCCGAGCUUCUGGAAAGAUCCUUCUCCACGGCUAGAAACCUGUCCCCCCCCCCCCGACCUUGGGUUCCAGCGCUCUCUGCUGGAACCCCCGAGACAUCGAACUCGUCCUCCACCUCAGCCCAUCAGGGCCUCGGGAUCUCUUGUCCUCCGCCUGGUGUCCCCAGCACCCGCACCGCCAGCGCCCCCGGCCCCCUCGGAGGCCAGGCUGGGCCACGCCCACAGGACCCGCAGGCUGUGUGGCCGCUGCUUCUGCCGGUCCUGUUGCAGCCUUUCUGGUGGGGGUGGGCAGUGUUCAGAAACGAAGAUAAGACGUGCCCGUGGCCCCUCGGCCACCACCCAGUGUAUCAGUCGCCAGCGUCCUUCCACGUCAGGUGGACGCUGUCCGUGUCUGUCCUGGGCGAGUUGUGGGGCCACUCGGCUGGAUAACGUCCCCUCAGCCAGAAACAAGUCAUUCCGGUGUGGGCAGCCCCCAGACCCCUGGACGGGGCUGCUCCUGCCAGUGGGGCCGGCAGGGAGGUCCCACAGGGGGCACAGCGGGAAGGGUCUGGGCCACGCUACCACAGCCAGGCAACAGGCGCAUUACUGAGCACCUGCUGUAUGCCGGCCCUGCUGCGUACCGGCUGUGGGUUCCGCAUCUAAUUCUGAGGCAGGAGUGUGGGCACGUUGUUUCCUCGUCCCCAUUUUUGAGUGGGUGCCCUGAGGUGUGAUUGACACGCCGUGAACGGUUUCCAAGUGCAAAGUUCCAGGAGUUUUGAGGAACAGAGAAACCGCGGACUGCUCCGUCCUCCCCGGGCCUGUCCUGCCCUGUAUGCGCCCGCCGACGCAGCCCGUCUUCUGUCUCAGAGCGUUACUUAGCUUUCCUACAGUUUUGCACACGUGGGGGAGGCACACAGUGUGUGCUUUUGUCUGUCUUCUGUUGCUCAACGGCGCCAUUCUGAGAUCAGUCGCGUGGCGUGUGGGGUCCGGCCUGUUGCCUUUUACGUCGGAGUCCUGCAGCUCCAGAUGGACCCGCGGUGUUAGCUCAUCCCGCCGUCUGUCGUUGGGCCCCGGACGGAGGCGACUCCGUAACUUGCCCAAAAUGAAGGGGAGGAGCUGGAGCUUGAAGUAUCAAGAAGUUUCUGUAUUUCGCUUUCUUGCCACAGAGGGGCCUCCCCUCAGGAGCCCACUUCUGGGUCUGGAGGUGCUCGCCAGGGUGCAGGCAGCCUGGUUGGGGCUCUCGGAGAAGGGGCCGUGCAGCCACAGCGUCCAGAACCCCAUCACAGCAUCCACGGGUGUGGGGGAAGGCUCGUGGAUCCCUGAUGAACAACAGACGAGUCCGUUACUGGUCUGAGCAGGUUAAAGCACACACCUGUCGCACUUGGUGGUUUGGCGUUCCGUGCACCGGAGCUGUCCUGCUUCCGGGUGCCCCGUGGUGAUUGCGGUGAUGCCUGCAGUUGGCACCAUGACUGCCAGAAUCUUCUGUCGCACCGCUCCGACGGCUGGACCCCCCAUCCUGGUGCCCGGCGCCCGACGGCCUUCUCAGCUGUGUGUGCAGCUCUGACACGCAGCCCCGCUCUGUCCGCCGGAUCUCCUCCCGAAAGCCCUUACAAAUGUGUGGUCUUCUCUAAAGCAACAGGGUGGCGGGAGCCCGCUUUGACCCCAUUCUAGAAAACAAAGUCUGUUCAGACGCAUUUGCAGCCUUUUUUCUUUGCCUGCACUUCUAGAACCAUCCAGGUGCAACGUUGCCACAGAGGCCGAGCUUUGCUCGAGAGCCGGCCACAUUGGAGACAUUAAUACACGGCGGACAUCCUUUCCACCUCCAGAGGCCUGAAUGGUUCUGUCUGGCAUCCGUCCUAAAAGGGGAAAGUCCCAGCAGCCGGUGGGGGAGCUUGGUGCCAGCCGGGAGCCGGAGGGAAUGUGCGAGGUGCCGACGGCCCUCCUGUCCAGCCCAGCCGGGCGUCAGGGGCUGGAGGGAGGGCUGGUGCCCCGGGAGGCGGGCCGAGCUCAGGCAAGUUGCGGUCUGUGUGGCAGAGGCAGGGCCCGGACAGUACAGAGGAUGGUGUCCGAUGUGGAGCUCCCUUUCAGGAGAGCAGCUAAGCGCCCCUGCCACACAGCGGUGCGGAGGCAGGCUGGGUCAGAACCAGCUGUGCUGGGCCCCACUGAAGUCCUUGCCCUGUUUUGGUAAAGUUCUAUGGGCACAUCUCAUCCGUGCUGGAUGGUGCACCCAUCCUGGGGUUUCCACAAGGGGAGCCCACCUGCCUAAAUGCCUCCAGGACCAGACGCAGAAUGUGAGCAGCUCCGGGGACCCCUCCUGCCCCCUCCCAGCCACUCAGCCGCCACCCACAUCUUUAAACUGGCUCUUUUUCCUGCCCCAUGGGCCGGGCUGGAUGGGCCCGGGGACUCGCCCACACAGUGUGGACACAGCGUCCCAUUUAAAUGCCCAUGGAGAGUAAGGGGGGUACCAGGCUGGGCGCCUUCAGGCCACUCCUGAGUGACGGUGGUUCCCCAGCCUUCCAGCCCCACCAGACGGCCACCCACCCUUCAGAGCCAUCCAGGGUGGACAAGGACUGUGAGCAUCCUGUUCUUUCAGACCCAUCUUCCUGCCGGGCAGGUUCCUGAAAGCCUCCUGGUCUCUACCCUCAGGCCUCACAGAGUCCCGUGUCGCCAGCUCCGCGGAGACUGGGCCCUUCCUCGGCCUGUCUUCCCCGGGUUCUCGGCUGUCAGAGGAGGGCGCCCGGGGUGCAGGGACGGCAGGUUUCGCAGCCGACUAUCUCGACUGUCAUCACUGAGACGGGUCAGGGCUCCCGCCGACAGGAUCAGAGGAAGAUUUUCCUCCAGAAGGUGGAGCGCUGUCUCGGCCGCGGCUGUUCUGUGCGUCAGUGGGCUGUAGACGCACUGUGUCAACACGCAGGCGAGAUCACAGAUGCAUCCUCGCGGGAUUGUCCUCCAGCGCUGGCUCUGGGCUCACAAGGUCCCAGGGAGGGGAGAGGCCAGUGAUCCAGGCGGGGGCUCGCUGUGUGCGGGCAGCGCAGUGGGAGCCCCUGCGCCACCUUCCAUGUCCCCCAGAUCACCAGACACGGAGACUGCGUGGUCAGGAGGGGAGACCCCUCGUCUGGGGAGCUGGCCAUUUGCACAGGUGGGAAGGGGCUUGUGUGUGGUGCCUGCCAUUCUGACCGCCAUCCCCAACACACACAGGCUCCGCUGGGCCUCCCCGCAAGCACACGGAGUAACUGAACACGAGAACGUGAGCUCCAUCGGGAAACACAAAAGUACCGUCGUGUCCCCGACCAGCAGGGACGGCGGGCUGGGGCGUCUGGCAGCAAGUCAGCAAACAGGGCCACAGGAGACGCACGCUCUGUGAAUGACUCGUGUUUGCUGAGAUUUGAGUCACAUACUGUAAAAUUCGCCAUUUUUUUUUGGCAACCAAACGACCAAGCCAUUUUAUUCUUCUUCUUUAAGAAAUGUGUGUAUACGUGGUGGUUAAAUCGAGUUAUAUUUGCCCUGCUUUAUUUUUUUAUGAAACGCAUCAUCUGAAGUGUGCAAUUCCGUGGUUCCUAGUACAUUCGUGACGGGCCACAUCACUACCAGUUCCAGGACGUUCUCCUCAUUCAUGCUGAGAAUGCCUUUUCCAGCCACUGAGCACUGACUCUAGAAUUUCAGUAGAUGCCAGUGUGAGAUCCUAACGCUAGCUCCCAGCCGUGCGGCCACAGGCAGCUCAGCCCCCUCGCUGGGCCUCGGCGCUCUGUACCACAGGGUGCAGCCACUUGUGAGAUUCGGUGUGGGAAAGUGGGUGGGCCCAGCCCGUCGGACGGACGGUGCGGACGGGGGCACAGCCCAGACUCACGGUAUGGACAGGGGCCGGCCCUGAUGGACGGUGUGGAUGGGGGCCCAGCCCAGACUGAUGGACAGUGUGGACGGGGGCCCAGCCCAGACGGACAGACGGUGUGGACGGGGUCCCGGCCCAGACAGACGGUGUGGACGGAGGCCUGGCCCACUGGACGUACAGUGUGGACAGUGUCCCAGCCCAGACAGAUGGUGUAGAUGGGGGCCCGGCCCAGGACGGACAUGUGUGGAGGGUCCCGGCCCAUCGGACGGACGGUGUGGACGGGGGCCUUGCCCGUUGGACAGAUGGUGUGGACAGUGUCCCGGCCCAGACAGAUGGUGUAGAUGGGGGCCUGGCCCUGAUGGACAGUGUGGACGGGGGCCCAGCCCAGACGGACAGACGGUGUGGACGGGGUCCCGGCUCAUCGGACGGACGGUGUGGACGGGGGCCGGCCCAGGACGGACAUGUGGGGAGGGUCCUGACCCAUCGGACGGACGGUGCGGACGGGGGCCGGCCCAGACCGACGGUGUGGACGAGGGCCCGGCCCAUCGGACGGACGGUGUGGACGGGGGCCCAGCCCAGAUGGAUGGACGGUGCGGACGGGGGCCGGCCCAGGAUGGACAUGUGGGGAGGGUCCUGGCCCAUCGGACGGACGGUGCAGACAGGAGCUGGCCCAGACGGACAGACGGUGUGGACGGGGUCCCGGCCCAGACGGACGGUGUGGACGGAGGCCUGGCCCAUUGGACGUACAGUGUGGACAGUGUCCCGGCCCAGACAGAUGGUGUAGAUGGGGGCCCGGCCCUGGACGGACAUGUGUGGAGGGUCCCGGCCCAUCGGACGGACGGUGUGGACGGGGGCCUUGCCCGUUGGACAGAUGGUGUGGACAGUGUCCCGGCCCAGACAGAUGGUGUAGAUGGGGGCCUGGCCCUGAUGGACAGUGUGGACGGGGGCCCAGCCCAGACGGACAGACGGUGUGGACGGGGUCCCGGCUCAUCGGACGGACGGUGUGGACGGGGGCCGGCCCAGGACGGACAUGUGGGGAGGGUCCUGACCCAUCGGACGGACGGUGCGGACGGGGGCCGGCCCAGACCGACGGUGUGGACGAGGGCCCGGCCCAUCGGACGGACGGUGUGGACGGGGGCCCAGCCCAGAUGGAUGGACGGUGCGGACGGGGGCCGGCCCAGGAUGGACAUGUGGGGAGGGUCCUGGCCCAUCGGACGGACGGUGCAGACAGGAGCUGGCCCAGACGGACAGACGGUGUGGACGGGGUCCCGGCCCAGACGGACGGUGUGGACGGAGGCCUGGCCCACUGGACGUACAGUGUGGACAGUGUCCCGGCCCAGACAGAUGGUGUAGAUGGGGGCCCGGCCCAGGACGGACAUGUGUGGAGGGUCCCGGCCCAUCGGACGGACGGUGUGGACGGGGGCCUUGCCCGUUGGACAGAUGGUGUGGACAGUGUCCCGGCCCAGACAGAUGGUGUAGAUGGGGGCCUGGCCCUGAUGGACAGUGUGGACGGGGGCCCAGCCCAGACGGACAGACGGUGUGGACGGGGUCCCGGCUCAUCGGACGGACGGUGUGGACGGGGGCCGGCCCAGGACGGACAUGUGGGGAGGGUCCUGACCCAUCGGACGGACGGUGCGGACGGGGGCCGGCCCAGACCGACGGUGUGGACGAGGGCCCGGCCCAUCGGACGGACGGUGUGGACGGGGGCCCAGCCCAGAUGGAUGGACGGUGCGGACGGGGGCCGGCCCAGGAUGGACAUGUGGGGAGGGUCCUGGCCCAUCGGACGGACGGUGCAGACAGGAGCUGGCCCAGACGGACAGACGGUGUGGACGGGGUCCCGGCCCAGACGGACGGUGUGGACGGAGGCCUGGCCCACUGGACGUACAGUGUGGACAGUGUCCCGGCCCAGACAGAUGGUGUAGAUGGGGGCCCGGCCCAGGACGGACAUGUGUGGAGGGUCCCGGCCCAUCGGACGGACGGUGUGGACGGGGGCCUUGCCCGUUGGACAGAUGGUGUGGACAGUGUCCCGGCCCAGACAGAUGGUGUAGAUGGGGGCCUGGCCCUGAUGGACAGUGUGGACGGGGGCCCAGCCCAGACGGACAGACGGUGUGGACGGGGUCCCGGCUCAUCGGACGGACGGUGUGGACGGGGGCCGGCCCAGGACGGACAUGUGGGGAGGGUCCUGACCCAUCGGACGGACGGUGCGGACGGGGGCCGGCCCAGACCGACGGUGUGGACGAGGGCCCGGCCCAUCGGACGGACGGUGUGGACGGGGGCCCAGCCCAGAUGGAUGGACGGUGCGGACGGGGGCCGGCCCAGGAUGGACAUGUGGGGAGGGUCCUGGCCCAUCGGACGGACGGUGCAGACAGGAGCUGGCCCAGACGGACAGACGGUGUGGACGGGGUCCCGGCCCAGACGGACGGUGUGGACGGAGGCCUGGCCCACUGGACGUACAGUGUGGACAGUGUCCCGGCCCAGACAGAUGGUGUAGAUGGGGGCCCGGCCCAGGACGGACAUGUGUGGAGGGUCCCGGCCCAUCGGACGGACGGUGUGGACGGGGGCCUUGCCCGUUGGACAGAUGGUGUGGACAGUGUCCCGGCCCAGACAGAUGGUGUAGAUGGGGGCCUGGCCCUGAUGGACAGUGUGGACGGGGGCCCAGCCCAGACGGACAGACGGUGUGGACGGGGUCCCGGCUCAUCGGACGGACGGUGUGGACGGGGGCCGGCCCAGGACGGACAUGUGGGGAGGGUCCUGACCCAUCGGACGGACGGUGCGGACGGGGGCCGGCCCAGACCGACGGUGUGGACGAGGGCCCGGCCCAUCGGACGGACGGUGUGGACGGGGGCCCAGCCCAGAUGGAUGGACGGUGCGGACGGGGGCCGGCCCAGGAUGGACAUGUGGGGAGGGUCCUGGCCCAUCGGACGGACGGUGCAGACAGGAGCUGGCCCAGACGGACAGACGGUGUGGACGGGGUCCCGGCCCAGACGGACGGUGUGGACGGAGGCCUGGCCCACUGGACGUACAGUGUGGACAGUGUCCCGGCCCAGACAGAUGGUGUAGAUGGGGGCCCGGCCCAGGACGGACAUGUGUGGAGGGUCCCGGCCCAUCGGACGGACGGUGUGGACGGGGGCCUUGCCCGUUGGACAGAUGGUGUGGACAGUGUCCCGGCCCAGACAGAUGGUGUAGAUGGGGGCCUGGCCCUGAUGGACAGUGUGGACGGGGGCCCAGCCCAGACGGACAGACGGUGUGGACGGGGUCCCGGCUCAUCGGACGGACGGUGUGGACGGGGGCCGGCCCAGGACGGACAUGUGGGGAGGGUCCUGACCCAUCGGACGGACGGUGCGGACGGGGGCCGGCCCAGACCGACGGUGUGGACGAGGGCCCGGCCCAUCGGACGGACGGUGUGGACGGGGGCCCAGCCCAGAUGGAUGGACGGUGCGGACGGGGGCCGGCCCAGGAUGGACAUGUGGGGAGGGUCCUGGCCCAUCGGACGGAC